AUGAUUGAAACAGUAAUUAAAUUCUAUGCCCGGACCUGGAAGUCGGGACUGUAUGGAGGAAGGGAACAUUAUCAGAGCCGAAAGCCCCUAAUUCUGUCAGUUUUCGGCUUCGGGGAUGUAGAGCAUGUGUGGGGUUUCCUGACAGCUCCUGGUGCGGCAGUCUGCGAGGUGCCCAAGGCCAAGGGAAAGACUCGGAGGCAGAAGUUCGGUUACAAUGUCAACCGAAAGCGUCUGAACCGGAAUGCUCGUCGGAAGGCAGCUCCACGGAUCGAGUGCUCUCACAUUCGACAUGCCUGGGACCACACCAAAUCCGUACGGCAGAACAUGGCGGAGAUGGGUUUGGCCAUGGACCCCAACAAGGAGGUUCCCCUCCGAAAGAGAAAGGUAAAGGGCAUGGAGGUAGACGUGGAGGAAAAACCCAAGGACCUUGUACGGAAGCCCUACGUGGUAAAUGACCUGGAAGCAGAAGCCAGGCUCCCAGAGAAGAAAGGAAAUACCUUGUCUCAUGACCUCAUUGAAUAUGUUCAUUACAUGGUGGAAAAUCAUGGGGAAGACUAUAAGGCUAUGACCCGGGAUGAAAAGAAUUACUAUCAAGAUACCCCAAAACAGAUUCGGAAUAAGAUCAAUGUCUAUAAGCGUUUUUACCCAAUAGAGUGGCAAUCCUUCGUUGAUUCUUUGCAGAAUAAGAAGAUGGAGGUUGACUGA